AUGGGAGGUUUCCUCUUGUUGGUGGUGUUAUUAUGUAUCAUUAGUGCAGUGACUGCAGUGGACAACAACAACAACGACAAUGAUGUAGUGCUUCCCACGGUCCCUCUUUCGAGUGGCGCCGAGUUUCCCUUGGUUGGAUUGGGCGUGGGCAAUUUGCAGCACAAUUUGAUUGAAGAUCGCAUUGAAAAAGCCAUGGCAACAGACAAACGGACCAUGGUCUUUGAUACAGCCCAUGCCAGUCGCAAUGAAGAUAUUGUUCGUCGUGGCGUGGGGCAUGGACUGAUUCAAUUGCAAUCGUCAUCCGAAGAAGUCCAUGUGGUGACCAAGGUCUGGUACACACAUUUGGGCUAUGAUCGGACCAUUAUGAGCGUCCGAGAAUCACUGCGCAAUCUCAAUCAUGCCCAUGUCAAAGUACACAUUCUCCUUCAUUGGCCGCGAUGUCGCGACGAUAUUCCAUGGAUGAAUUGCGAACAGGAAGAACAAGAUUUGCCACUCGCCGUCAAAAAUGCCGGUCCACCGCCGCAUCUUCAUAAAGAGACAGCCUUUUUGGAAUCGUGGACGGCACUCGAAGAUAUUUAUUUAGGCAAUACAAAGCUCGGCAAAGGAUUGCCAAAGUUGGAAUCCAUUGGUGUUUCCAAUUUUGCACUGGAUGAUCUCAAGGAAAUGGGAAAAACACAACGCGUUACUCCACAUAUAUUGCAGGGCAACAUUUGGUCCUACGUCUUUGAUCCAAACUUGAUUGACUACUGCCGUGAAAAUCAAAUAUUGUUUCAAGCAUUCAAUGUCAUUAAUGGAGUCUUUUACGAUCGCGAUUACGAAGAUGCCCCCAAUGCCAUUCUCGCACUCAAUGCCAUUAGUCAACAAUUAUCCCAACGAGCCGAACCACCACUCACGCCGGAAGACCAUAAAAACUAUACAUUGCCACAAGUCGUCUUGAAAUGGCUCGUUCAAAAUGAUGUGUCGGUCAUUCCGAGAACGUCCAAAAUCGAACGACUCCAAGAAAAUUCGGCAGUCUCGAUUGCUCGUAUGCCACCCCUGGAUCCACUGGAAGAAGAUACCGUCCAGAGUGCCGUCGCUGCAUUGUUGACCAAGGAAGAUAUCAAACCGCCACUCGCCGAAUUCAUUAAUCGCUCCUCCGAUACUCUCGUUAAUAUCUUUUGGGUCCACGGCGAAACGGGAGAGGAAGUGUCGGUCAAGGAAGGAUUGCCACCGGGAGAAACGUAUACGGCAUUUACCCAACGAGAUCAUACAUUUGCCGUUUACUUUCAAGGGACCAAUCAACGCAAAGAGUUUGUGGUGCAUGCCCAACAUGGACAGCAUCAACGAUUUGAUUUGAAUCCACUGGAAGAUGAGGAGUUGUAG